CGGGCGUCCCGCCUACGUGAGUUGGGGCACAGCCGGCGUUUAGGGGCGUUGCUGGGCGUAUAUAACGCGGGGAGCGCGGCGCUGGGGCCCCUGGGCAGCGCUGCCGGUCCUUCUCCGCUCUGACAGGUGCGCAGCAGCAGCGAAGAUGAACGCGAGCUUCUUCCAGAUCCUAAAAGCAAAAAAAGAACUCAUUCCCCUGGUUGGAGUAGUGACCUUUGCAGCAGUCGGGGCUCUCUCUUUUUCUGCCUAUUCCCUAACCAAAUCCGAUGUGAUCAUUAAUAAGAGUGGCAAUCCAGAACCAUGGGAAACUGUUGAUCCUAACAAGCCUCAAAAGCUAUUAACAAUCCAUCAGAAAUGGAAACCUAUAGAAGAGCUGGAAAAUGUCAGAAAGCUUACGAAGUGACAAGUUUCUGUUGCCUCAAAAAGGUACCCUAUGAAUCUAGUGGAAUCACUUCUGCACAAACUUGACUACUGAAAUCAGUGUGCGGAAAUGCUUCUGCUACAUUUUUAGGGUCUCCCUACAUUUUUUAGACUCUGGAUGAGGAGUUUCAUGUUGCUUUAGAAGUUGGCAUACAACAUCCCUAUAGUCCAAAAAUCUGUCUCAAAUAUUCAUUUUCAGUAAGCAUUUGAUGUCAGAUGUUGAAUAUUCAGAUGGUAAUUCUAGAUGGAAAAAGCCUUAACACUUUUUAUAGAAUUUUUGUUUUCUCAGAAUACAUUUAUUUUGUAAUUUUAUAUAUUUUUAAUAAAAUACAUUUAAAUUUUUUACAACAUUCUAUUUCAAUUCCAUAAAUGAAGAUUACCCAAAAGUCCUUCUAAAUUGGGAUUCCUGGUCUCUGUACUGUGUUUCAGUGCUGUGUACAGACCAAAUAGUCAUUACAGCCACAGGAUGUCUUUGUAUGGCAACAUAUGUGGUCAUAAAGUAUACUUGCAUUUCUUUUCUGUGUUAGAUGUGAUGACAAUCUGUCAAAACUAAUGUUCUACUGCUGGUACUAAAACUUACACAUGCGCUUACCCACUGAGGAGUCCAAUAGUUUAUUUAAGGCUACAUUUGAAACUGCAGGAUUAGAACAUAAGAAUUAAGCAUGGCUAAAAGGGAAUUGAACAUUAGAGAAUUUCUGUUGUAUGUAAAUAUUGUUCGUGUUUAAAUUCAGACAACGUUACUAGAGUUAGGAAACUUGCAUUAUCCAAAACUAAUUACAUAAUGUUAAUUUCUUCUUUUUGUGCAAGGUAGUUCAUGUGCAAGCUCAAAUAUACUGCACAGUUAAUAUUUUUAAACAUUUCUAGAUACAUGCUAUUAGGGACAUCUGCUUUAACAAAGAGAAAAUAACAAAUUAAAAUUGGGAAUGAUUCUAUGAAGAGAUAGUUCCUCUUUAAGUGUCUAUCUGUUUUCUAAUGGGUUGGCCAAGGCAAGAAUGUAAUGGGCAGACCCCCAGUAAAUUAAUGAGUCAAUGUAUGCAUCCAAUGUUAGAACAGUCCUUUUGUAGGUAUUUUUUGUAUGUGUCCCCUUCCAAGCGGUUUCACAAUAUAUUACAGUGUUUCUUUUACAACGGAUGUUCAGAAUGCAUAUUACUUUCUGUGAGGAAGAAAGCAAAAGUGAAACAACUGCUAAUUGGAAAAAGUCCCCCUAAGUGAGUUAUAGUGAAGUGCUUUAGGUUAGUCUGCUGAGCAAAGACAAAACUUUAGUAAAGCCGUCUCCUGAAUAUUAAGGUAGCUUUACUUCAGAAGCUUUGUUUUGUUUGGAUUUGUUGAUGCUGAGAAAAAAAGAAUGCUAUUUUAUCCCAUACUUGUGUGCAGAUGCAACUUAAAUGUUUAUCAAGCGAGCAUGACUCAUCAGCAUUUAUGUUCAAGAGUGAGAGGAACUAGACUACGGAAUACAUUCUUAGCUUUCAUUUUAAGGAAUGACAUUAUGGGAUGAUUGGAUAGCAUACAGCCACAAAAACCCAGUGAUCUGAGGAAUACAAGUUUUAAGUAUUUUAAUAGAGAAAUAUUUUAAAAUAUUUUAUGUAAGUUAUUCUGUAUUUCCAUAUUUUUACUGGACUGUAUCAAACAAAGUGCUGUACUCUGAGUUGAUGCAUGAAUUAAAUGAGUUUGUUCUUCAGUAAA